GCUGAGCUGCAGAGGCAGCAGAGGCAAAGAGAAGACAGAGCUCCAACUCCCGAUCAGUGAGACACAGACUGACAGACAGACAGGCAGGCGAGCGGGCAGGCAGACAGACAGGCACACAGGCUGACAGACACAUGCACCGCCGGACCACCAUGGACUGGAUCGGGACAGAGAAACCGGUCUCCGGAUGAGACAGGACGGCCUGGCUUCUGUGUUUUGGGGGAACUCUGCUGUAGAUGCGUGGAAUAACCGACAACAUAUUGGGAGAUUUAACCCCGUGCUGCCCGUGAUGGAAUAUUUACACUCUUCUCGUUUUCUCAAAUUUCUCCUCUUCUCUUCCUCCUCCUUCUCCUCCUACACCACCUCCACCUCCUCUCCUACAUAUCCUCUCACAAUUUGACACGCUGCCGAAGAUGCGCACGAAUGCGUCUUUUGCGCACUUCCAUUGCGACCGUCACUGACAGCGCCCGUGCUUGGUAACCUUUUGAAACCUUUCUUUUCCUAAGUCAACUGGGGGAGAGCGGGGAAGGAAAGAGAGAGGAAGAGGGAGAGAGAGAGAGAGAGGGCGAACGAGGUGUGAAUUGAAUUGAACGCGGUGCUGGUCUCGUGUUUCUUGCCCAGGGCCCGGAUGUACCGAGAGAUGCACCGGUGCGUUUUCCCAACCGGUUCCGCCGAAAGCUCCUUCUUUUUUCAAGCCUUCACCUCCAUCAUGGGGAUUAGGUAAUAUUCACUCCAUCCGAAGACACCCUCCCCAUAAAGAAAAAUAACGGAAUACCCAGGACUGUCCGUGUCAGACAGUUGCUUCCUCUUUUCCCCCCUUUUUUAAUUUCUUUAUUUUUUUGGGGGGGUGGGGGGUGGGGGGGGCUGUUUUUCCUCAGCCUCUCCAGCUUUGCUUGCCCUCUCUCUCUUCCAUUCGCCUACAGGGAUAACGCCGGACUACAUUUAUGGUAAAUGAAAGCAAAAACAUGUACAUCCCGGAGGACACCCUUGAGAACCAUCAAGGCUCCGACUACUCUCCCCCUCCACCCCUUCCUCCCCCGGCCCUCACCAACGAACUCAGUGGCGUGGGCGACCACGGCGGGGGAGGGGGCGGGGCCAACCACGGGGUGGGCGUGGUGGGCCUGGCCCCGGAGCACAUCGCCACGCCGGGGGCCGCCCUGAGCUGGCAGGCGGCCAUCGACGCCGCGCGGCAGGCGAAGAUAAUGGGUAACCCCGCGUCAGGCGGAGGGGCGGGGCUCGGGACGGGAGGGGGCGGGCCCAUCUCCACGGCCAGCUCCACGCAAAGGAAGAGACAGCACUACAGCUCCAAGCCCAAGAAACAGACGACGACGACGGCCACCAGGCCACCACGGGCCCUGCUGUGCCUCACACUCAAGAACCCCAUCCGCAGGGCCUGCAUCAGCAUCGUCGAGUGGAAACCAUUCGAGAUCAUCAUCCUGAUGACCAUUUUUGCCAACUGUGUGGCCUUAGCCGUCUACAUCCCGUUCCCGGAGGACGACUCAAACGCCACCAACUCCAACCUGGAGCGUGUGGAGUACCUGUUCCUCAUCAUUUUCACAGUGGAGGCUUUCUUGAAGGUAAUAGCCUACGGCCUGCUCUUCCACCCCAACGCCUACCUGAGGAACGGCUGGAAUCUGCUCGACUUCAUCAUCGUGGUCGUAGGGUUGUUCAGUGCGAUCUUGGAGCAGGCCACCAAGGGGGACGGCGGCACGCCUAUCGGCGGGAAGGCGGCGGGCUUCGAUGUCAAGGCCCUGAGGGCGUUCAGAGUACUGCGACCCCUCAGACUGGUCUCCGGAGUACCCAGUUUACAGGUAGUGUUGAACUCCAUAAUCAAAGCCAUGGUUCCCCUGCUCCACAUCGCCCUGCUGGUCCUCUUCGUCAUCAUCAUCUACGCCAUCAUUGGCCUGGAGCUCUUCAUGGGCAAGAUGCACAAGACCUGCUCUAACCACAUAGGCACCAUAGCAGAGGAAAAGCCGGCGCCGUGUGCACCCGAUGGAGCUUUCGGGCGACACUGUAAACACAACGGAACAGUGUGCCGGGUGGGAUGGGAGGGGCCCAACGACGGCAUCACCAACUUUGACAACUUUGCUUUCGCCAUGUUGACCGUGUUCCAGUGUAUAACCAUGGAGGGCUGGACCGACGUGCUGUACUGGAUGCAGGACGCUAUGGGCUAUGAGCUGCCGUGGGUCUAUUUUGUCUCUCUCGUCAUCUUCGGCUCCUUUUUCGUUCUCAAUCUCGUUCUGGGGGUGUUGAGCGGAGAGUUUUCCAAGGAGAGAGAGAAGGCCAAGGCACGUGGCGACUUCCAGAAACUCAGAGAAAAACAGCAACUGGAGGAGGACCUCAAGGGCUAUUUAGACUGGAUCACUCAGGCCGAAGACAUCGACCCGGAGAACGAAGAGGAGGGCAUGGACGAUGAUAAACCUAGAAACCGUAAGAGCCAGCGUUUUCAGUCCCUGCGUGGAGCCGUGAAGAAAAAUGCGGCCUUCCUUCGUAAGGCGUUGAGCAUGCCGGCCAGCGAGAACGAAUCGGUCAACACGGACAACGCGCCCGGGGGAGACGUGGAGGGGGAGACCUGCUGUACCCGGCUGGCAAAUAGGAUCUCCAAAUCCAAGUUCAGUCGAUACUCACGAAGGUGGAACAGGCUGUGUAGGAGAAAGUGCCGGGCGGGGGUCAAAUCACAGGUUUUCUAUUGGCUGGUCAUCUUCCUGGUUUUCCUCAACACUCUGACCAUCGCCUCCGAACAUCACAAGCAGCCUCAGUGGUUAACUGACGUACAAGACAUAGCCAACAAGGUGUUGCUGGCACUCUUCACCGGUGAGAUGCUGUUAAAGAUGUACAGUCUGGGUCUGCAGGCGUACUUUGUCUCGCUCUUCAAUCGCUUCGACAGCUUCGUCGUGUGCGGGGGGAUCCUCGAGACCAUUCUGGUGGAAACCAAGAUCAUGUCUCCUCUCGGCAUCUCAGUGUUGCGUUGCGUGCGCUUGCUGAGGAUCUUCAAAAUAACCAGAUACUGGAACUCCCUGUCCAACCUGGUGGCCUCCCUCCUGAACUCUGUUCGCUCCAUCGCUUCCCUGCUGCUCCUGCUCUUCCUCUUCAUCAUCAUCUUCUCCCUGCUGGGCAUGCAGCUGUUUGGGGGGAAAUUCAACUUCGACGAGACCAGACGCAGCACCUUUGACAACUUCCCCCAGUCGCUGCUCACUGUCUUUCAGAUCCUAACGGGAGAAGACUGGAACUCUGUGAUGUACGACGGUAUCAUGGCGUACGGUGGGCCGUCCUUUCCCGGCAUGCUGGUCUGCAUUUACUUCAUCAUCCUCUUCAUCUGCGGAAACUAUAUCUUGCUGAAUGUCUUCUUGGCCAUUGCUGUCGACAACCUGGCAGACGCCGAGAGCCUGACGUCCGCCCAGAAAGAGGAGGAGGAGGAGAAGGAGAGGAAGAAACUCGCCAGGUUGGCCAGUCCAGAGAAACGCCACGCCAACGAGAAGCCGCCCCUGGAGGAGAAGAAGAAGGAGAAGAAGAAGAAGAAGAAGAAGGAGAAGAUAGAGCUGAAGUCCAUCACCUCGGAUGGAGAGGCAAACACAGCGACUAAGAUUACUAUGGAUGACUACUGUGGAGAAGAGAAUGAAGAGAAGAACCCAUACCCUGCCAAUGAUUACAUAGGAGACGAUGAGGACGAGGAGCCGGAGAUGCCGGUGGGCCCGAGGCCACGACCGCUGUCCGACGUCCAGCUGAAGGAGAAGGCCGUCCCCAUGCCCGAGGCCCGCGCCUUCUUCGUCUUCAGCCACACCAACAAAUUUAGGGUUCUCUGCCAUAAGAUUGUCAACCACAACAUCUUCACCAACCUCAUCCUCUUCUUCAUCCUGCUGAGCAGCAUCAGUCUGGCAGCAGAAGACCCGGUCAAGAACGACUCCUACAGAAACCGGAUCCUGGGCUACGCAGACCAUGUCUUUACUGGACUCUUCACCAUAGAGAUCAUUCUUAAGAUGACAGCCUAUGGGGCCUUUGUCCAUAAAGGCUCAUUCUGUAGAAACUAUUUCAAUAUUUUGGACCUGGUGGUUGUCAGUGUGUCUCUCAUCUCCUCGGGAAUACAGUCCAGCGCGAUCAAUGUGGUGAAGAUCCUGAGAGUUCUGCGGGUGCUCAGGCCCCUGAGGGCCAUCAACAGGGCCAAGGGACUGAAGCACGUAGUGCAGUGCGUCUUCGUGGCCAUCCGGACCAUCGGCAACAUCGUCAUCGUCACCACGUUGCUCCAGUUCAUGUUCGCAUGUAUCGGAGUACAGCUCUUUAAGGGCAAGUUCUUCUUUUGCACAGACAGCUCUAAGCAAACUCAAGCAGACUGCAGGGGUUCCUACAUUAUGUAUAAGGACGGUGAUGUGGGGAAACCCGAAAGAGCCAACAGACUGUGGAAGAACAAUGACUUCAACUUUGACAAUGUGCUGCAAGGCAUGAUGGCUCUGUUUGCCGUGUCCACCUUCGAGGGCUGGCCAGAGUUACUAUACCGGGCCAUAGACUCUCACACUGAGGACGUCGGGCCCGUCUACAACUACCGCGUGGUCAUCUCCAUCUUCUUCAUCAUCUACAUCAUCAUCAUCGCCUUCUUCAUGAUGAACAUCUUCGUGGGUUUCGUCAUCGUCACGUUCCAGGAGCAAGGCGAGCAGGAAUACAAGAACUGUGAGCUGGACAAGAAUCAGCGUCAGUGUGUGGAAUACGCUUUGAAGGCACGUCCGCUGCGUCGCUACAUCCCCAAGAACCCUUACCAGUACAAGGUGUGGUAUGUGGUCAACUCCACCUACUUCGAGUACCUGAUGUUCACACUCAUCCUUCUCAACACCAUCUGUCUGGCCAUGCAACAUCAUGGACAGACCAAAAAUUUCAACGAUGCCAUGAACAUCCUCAACAUGCUCUUCACUGGACUCUUCACUGUGGAGAUGAUCCUUAAACUGAUCGCCUUCAAACCCCGGGGGUACUUUAGUGAUCCCUGGAAUGUGUUUGAUUUCCUCAUCGUAAUUGGCAGCAUAAUAGACGUCAUUCUCAGUGAGAUCAGCCCAGCUGACUCCUCCUCGUCAUCGUCCUCUUCCUCCUCGCCCUCCUCUACCUCCUCCUCCUCUCACCCCCCUGUGGUAAGGCCAAUGGGACUGCAGAACUCUGAAGAGAACGCCAGGAUCUCCAUCACCUUCUUCCGGCUGUUCCGCGUGAUGAGGCUGGUGAAGCUGCUGUCUCGCGGGGAAGGGAUUCGGACCCUGCUGUGGACCUUCAUCAAAUCCUUCCAAGCUCUGCCCUACGUAGCUCUGCUUAUAGUGAUGCUAUUCUUCAUAUACGCUGUCAUCGGCAUGCAGAUGUUUGGUAAGAUAGCGCUGCGGGACCACACGCAGAUCAACAGGAACAACAAUUUCCAGACCUUCCCUCAGGCGGUGCUGCUGCUCUUCAGAUGUGCAACCGGUGAGGCGUGGCAGGAGAUCAUGCUGGCGUGCUCGCUCGACCGGCCGUGUGAGAAGGGAUCAACCAAUGAGAACAACAUGACCAGGACGGACGAGGACUGUGGCAGCCAGUUUGCCAUCAUUUACUUUGUCAGCUUCUACAUGCUCUGUGCCUUUCUGAUCAUCAACCUGUUUGUGGCCGUCAUCAUGGACAACUUUGACUACCUGACGCGUGAUUGGUCAAUCCUGGGGCCUCAUCAUCUUGACGAGUUCAAGAGGAUCUGGGCUGAAUAUGACCCAGAGGCUAAAGGGAGAAUAAAGCACCUGGACGUGGUGACUCUGCUGCGGAGGAUCCAGCCUCCGCUCGGCUUCGGAAAGCUCUGUCCACACCGAGUAGCCUGCAAGCGCCUGGUGUCGAUGAACAUGCCUCUGAACAGCGAUGGAACAGUGAUGUUCAACGCCACGCUGUUCGCCCUGGUCAGAACUGCACUCAGGAUCAAAACGGAUGGAAACCUGGAGCAGGCCAAUGAGGAACUGAGGGCGAUAGUGAAGAAGAUCUGGAAGAGAACCAGCAUGAAGCUCUUGGAUCAAGUAGUGCCCCCUGCAGGAGACGAUGAGGUAACAGUCGGAAAGUUCUACGCUACCUUCCUCAUCCAGGAAUAUUUUCGCAAGUUUAAGAAGAGGAAAGAGCAAGGCCUUGUGGCCAAGGUGGCCCCCAAAACCGCCCUUUCUCUGCAGGCAGGCCUGCGGACUUUGCAUGACAUUGGUCCAGAGAUCCGACGGGCCAUCUCUGGAGACCUGACGGUGGAGGAGGAGCUGGAUAAAGACAUGAAGGAGCCUGUGUCGGCCGUAUCCGAGGAUGAUAUCUUCAGGGUAAAGCGUACGGGUGGCCUGUUCAGCAACCACGUCAACUACUACAACCAGAGCGACGGCCGCGCUUCCUUCCCACAGUCCUUCACCACCCAGCGGCCCUUGCACAUCAGCCAGAAGGGCUCGCCCUGCGAAGGCGACAGUCCGUCCCACGAGAAGCUCGUGGACUCGACCACUUUCACGCCUUCCUCUUACUCCUCGUCGGGCUCCAACGCCAACAUCAACAACGCCAACAACACCGGCAUGGUCGGAGUGGCGCCCCAGGGCAUCAGCCGAUGCCCGUCCAUAAGCACUGUGGACGGGCAGACGGGACCGCCGCUCACCCCCAUCCUGCUGCCGAGGUCCGCGUGGUGCUUUCCUCCAAAGAGGACGUGUUUUUUUGACAACCUCAUGCGCUCGGACUCGAGUGACAGCCGCCUGCCGUUCAUCCGGAGAGGCGAGGGGUCCACGGAGGAGACGUACGACGAGAGCUUCGGCGACGACAGGGAGUACCGCGGGGACGACCACUCGCUCUCCUCUGACAUGCUGGUGUACCACGACGAGACGUGUAAGCAGUUGAAUCCCAUGGAGGAGGGAGAGGAGGUCGCGGACAGAAGAGGAGGAGGGUGGCAGUCUCCCCGGAGAGUCUUCCUCUGCCCCACCACCCUGGCGCGGAGAUCGUCCUUCCAUCUAGAGUGUCUCAGGAGACAAUCGAGGCCAGAUGUCUCCCAGAAGACGUCCGUACCGCUACACCUUGUACAUCAUCAGGCUUUGGCAGUGGCAGGGUUGAGUCCUCUGCUAGGACGGAGCCACUCGCCCACCCUCUUCAGCCGGCUGUGCUCCUCGCCUCCAGCCAGUCCCACAGCUCAUGGCAGUGAUGCCUCGUACCAGCGGGUGCCCUCUCUGAGGCUAGAGGGCUCCAACUCCCACGAAAAGCUCAAUACCAGCUUGCCCUCUGUCAACUGUGGGCCCUGGUACAACGACAGUAACGGGAACAGCCGGGGGCCCAGUCCGAGUCUCGGUGUGUCCAAUCAGAGGCCGCGGCCGGUGUCGCUCACGGUGCCCUCGCUACUGGGAAAAGACUCCAGCUCACUGUGUCACGGCAGUGCAGGCAGUCUGGUGGAGGCAGUGCUAAUAUCAGAGGGUUUGGGCCAUUUCGCCCAGGACCCGUCGUUCAUCGAGGUGACCAAAGCCGAGUUGGCCGACGCAUGCGACAUGACCAUCGAGGAGAUGGAGCACGCCGCCAACAACAUCCUCAACAGCAACGCCGCCGCCGCCAACGCGACACCCAGCGCCUCCUCCACCUCCCAGCACAGCCCCAACGGCAACCUCCUCCCCUUCCACACAGCGGCGGCGGCAUCGCACAGGGACCCGGUGGUCAGGGAAGGCGGGGCAGAGGCCGGAGGAAGCAGAGGCUCCGUCCACGGGCCGUCCUCGCUGGAGGAGCGACAGGAGCUGCUCGCGGAGGGGAGGGGACGAGACGAGGAGGAGGAGGAGGAGGAGGAGGAGGAGCAGCAGGAGGAGGAGGAGGAGGAGGAAGAGGUGGCGGCGGGGCAGCACAGAAGCUCGGUUGCGAUUGGAGGAGCGCGGCAGAGGAACAGCAGGCUGUUAGAGGAGGAGGAUACGGAGUGUGUGACGAGUUUGUAGGUAGUCGGACUGACAGGUUUGAUUUGGCCAACUGGCCCCUCUGACAUCAUCAGAGAGUGACGCUCGUCAGUGCUGGGUAACAACGCCGCGGCUGGCUCUGUCUGUCCCCUCACACACGCACCUACACACACACACACACACACACACACACACUGUCUGCCUCUCAGCGAGACGUAACCGCUCUGGACAAUGGCGGCCAGUGACGCAACAUAAAACACCUGGUUCUGGUUUAUAAGAGUUUGUACGUGUGGAUGUUAGUCAAGUAUACCACACUAUACUCUAUACUAUCUGAGUGUACGUGUGUGUGUGUGUGUGUGUGUCUGUGUGAUCUAUGAUUUUCUCUCUUUGUACGUGUGAGUGACUGAGUGUGUUCUGCACACGUGUCUGAGUGUGUCUCUAAAGUGCCUCGCAGUGUUAUCACGUCCGCAAAAAAAAAGAGAGAGAGAGGGGAAAGUAAGGAUGAAGGAAAGGUAGGAAGGAAACGACAGCAGCAGGAAGUCCUCUUAAUGGGUUACUGCAGAUGAUAUAGCGCGUUUAUUGUUUUCAUUUCCUACGCCUACUUUGGUGUUGUGUUAUUGUUGUUUGUCUGGCCGCCAUGAAGCCAGGUAGGGGACAGCAGACCAGCUUGCGGGAGGUGAGGGGAGGGGGGGGGUCAGUAAAGGAUUUAGAUCUGACCGCACAUUUGUGGUCAAUGGUCCAAUCCUCCGUCUUGGCUCACCGAUGAUGAAGCGCUGUAUUGAGUAAACGGGGGUGAGGAAAACCCUGUUUGAUAUCUCGUUUCUCUUCCUCUUCCAAAGCUAAGGGACCUCGGAGCACAGCCCUGCCAGCCUGGGGGUGGGAUGAAGCUGACACACACCCUCAAUCAGGGGCGUGGGGGGGCGGGGGGGGGCAUUUGAGGGAUGGACCGACAGCCACGACGGGGGCUUCUGUAGGGCGCCGCGGGCAGAGAGAGAGAGACACUCGUCCGGCCCCGCGGGAAGCUAGCCGGCCCUCAAAGCCGCUGGUCAGCGAGACGCCAGCGAGAGACAAGGACGUGUCACCUUGAUCCGGCCUCGCCUCCUCUGCCGCUUUUUCCUUGUUUGGCCACGCCCAUUCCUGCGGCCAAACAGGAAAUGGGUAAAAGCAUUCAGUGCCCCCCCCCCCUUCUUUUUGCCUCAUACCUCGACGUUCCUCACUCCUCCCCCCUCUCUCCUUCGGCCCUCUUCUUUGGUUAUUCCACCAUCCCCCUUCCACCAUGGCUGGAUUUAUUUUGGGAGGGGAUUGUGUCGAACAGGGCGACACAGACGGAGGGAGGGGGAGAGAACGGGAGUGACCGUUUGAAAAUAAAAGAGACUCUGGGCAUGGAUCUACAGAGGGUCUGUCCGUCAGUCAACCUCACUUCCUUCUGUAAGACCCUCCUCUUCCUCUCAGCGUGGAAUCCUAUUGGAUUUGCUGCCACACACACACUCUCUCCACAGACCACGCCCACUAUGUAUUUAACAGUUCAAUAUUGUGCAAAACUGGCUAGCCAUGACUAUUUUGUUUUAUAUUCAUGAUGUUAUUGGUUUAAUUUAUCCUUGAUUUGUUUGCAAAAUCGGGGUGCUGGUCUCAUAAAUGUAUUUUUGCUCAAUUUAUUUUAGGAGAAUUUUAAGAGGUUUUAAGUAUCGAAGCAGGGCGUAGUGUUUGCGUGCGAAUGUAUAACUAUAUCCGUGCGGCUGUGUGUGUGUCUGAGUUUUAGUACAACAUAUGUGUGUAUGGACGAAUGGUUUGAGAUAGCGCGUGUAUCCUAAAGAGGGGUCGUUCUCUCUGUCAGUAUGCACCUUUUACAGAUUGUAUCUAUUUAUUUAUUUAUUUUUUCCCAGAAGAGAAAAAAAAAAUGUGUGAGGAUGUGACUUUGUAUGUGUCCGAGUGGUUACUAAUGUAUUCUAAAAAGCAGAUUUUAAGCCUAGACAGUAAAUUAAGGUAGCAUUACAAGUAUGGUAUUGUGUGUGGGGGUGUGUGUGUGUGUGUGUGUGUGUGUGUGUGUGUGUGUGUGUGUGUGUGUGUGUGUAUGUGUGUGUGUGUGUGAUAAUGGGCCUCCUUAACACAGGGUUACCAUGGACAGGCAUGCUUCCAAAGCUUUGUGAUUUCUUUAGCACGGUUUUUACUUUUUAGCCAAGCUGCAGAGUCUGACGCCACUCUAUUUUUUGAAAAUGUAAUAACUUUUCUUUAUUUCUCUGUUUAGAGGUUAUUGGUCGUAAAGAUUACAGCGAGGUCUGUGAGUUUCGGCGUUGCAGCUUGGCCAGAAGGGAACAAGCCUUUUGGCGAUUGCUGCUUUUCUUCUUUAUGGUGGACGGUCUCUCUGAAUGGUAGAAGCACCAAAAUCGCACUGCCACAUGAAUGGACAUGGGGGUGGGGGGGGUGACACACCAUGAUCACAUGAUUACAUCAUAUAAUCGUAGUUUAAACUCCAAAUGAACUAUUAGGGCUGGUGUACAGAUGCUGCAAGACUUCUGAAUCACAUCUCUUUGUCUGAGGUCUGUUCAUAUCACAAAACAUUCUGAUUUACUGUCUGUAUUGACAUUUGCUGGUAAAAGUGAUUACUAAAGAAAUAUACUACAGACAGGUAAUUUACAGUCAAUUGAUAAGAUGUGAUAAUUGUUUGAUUACAUGAGAAAUGAUUGGAUCCGAUCUAAACUGUCCUGGAGAUUUUUGUCCUUUCAUUUUCUUCUAGUGGCGUUAAGGUAGCAUGCUGACAAACUUUUCACUGACCGUUCUCUAUAAUAGUUUGUUUCUGGAUUAUAGUUUGGAUUCACUUGAGAAGGUAUAUGACCACAGUCCGCCAUAGCCAGUCAUGGACCUUCAGCCUUCGGUACAUUACACAGAGCAUGAGUAUCACCUUGGUAUUAUAUCAUAAAACAUUCCUAAUGUCAGAAUCACAUCCUUGGUGCCAAUUGUCUUUUAUUCCUUUGUUAACCAACUUUGUAGUAGUUAAACCUUCAAUGAUUACAUCGAGCUCUCUUUACGACGGGGUGUAAUCAGACAAAAAACAAAAACAACGUUUGUUGCCGCCGCAAGUCGCACAGUCAACUCAACACUAAAAGUCCGUCUUACCAGACAAGACCAGCGCUCACAAGCAGACGCAUGUCAUUUUGUAAGGACGUUCGUUUCAUGUUUAGGUCACAGCGUUUACGACUGUACUUUUAAACUCAAACUCCCUCGUUAGAUAUAAAGAAAUUCCAAAUAUGUCGCGAUUGAUUUUAUCUCACAUUACAAAAACAAAAAAAGAAUAAAAAAAACAAAAAAACAUUGAUUUCCCUCCCGAACAUUGUACCACAUUUCGCUUUGAUUUACCGUUGCGGUCUGACUGCUGAGCUCCUGCGUGUGAAGCAGAGGAGGUUUAUGGCGGGGAAGAGUAUGCAUGAACACACACUGCCAUACACUGCAUCCUGUGCCAGUAACAGACUUCUGACAUUAUUAUGCAAACUAAAUGUGAAUGUUGAACGUGUUUUUCCAGUGGCAGCGCUAUUGUUGUUUGUUUCAUGGUCGGGAUCAUACUGCAAACCCAGAAGAAGUCUGUGUUGACGAAGCAACACCCUCCCUGACAUUUAGUCUGUUUUUCUGUUUUAUCUUUUCCUUUCCUCCUUUGGCCCUCAUUAAACAUUUUCAACAUUUUUUAUCUUUCAGUUGUUCUAAAAGCACCUCAUUCAAAUAGUACUUACGUUGAGAUAACUCGGUACCAUAAGCUAACAAACUAUUGCGAGUGGCUCGUGCCAGUUUCUGUAUGAGUUGCUUUUAUUUGGCCAAAUGUAAAGCAGAUUUCGGAACGGUCGAGCCGUUUGAUUGGUUGUGCAGGGAAGCACAGUCACUUUUUCUCUGGUUUUUCUAUCCAACUGUGUUGGAUCCUCUUUGUUAAAGUAUAUUCAACACUUAAUUCAAAAGACAAAAUAACGAAUGGUUAUUAAGGCUGAUUUCUAUUAGGUCUAAAUCUUAAAUAAUAAAUGUUACAUUUAUUACAGGUGUGUUUAGAUUCACCUCCAGCUUGGAGGAACCUCAGAAAUCUAGAAAAUAUUCUGUCAGCCACAUGACGGCUGUGAAUAUUACUCCCUCAAGGCAGAUAACGAAAGGUGUGAUGAUUGACAGCUCAUAGUUCAAUGAAUCCAUCAUCUAUCCAACACAAAACCCUUCUCGAACCGACCGAGUGAGGAAAUAAAACAGCCUCCAGCUUUGAGGACAUUCGCAAUCUACGUUUGGUUCACAUCCCUUCAUUAUCUGCUCCACCAUCACCACUGUCCACUUACAUAUUGUAGAGACGCACCCGUUGUGGUCUGUUUCAAAUGCCGGUGGGAGAGAUUCGGUGUCCCGCGUGGGGCGGAGCAGUAUUUUUUACGUUCCAUGUAGAAUGAACUCUCUAGUCGUUGUGUGAGUGGUGAGCGUAAUCCUGCAUCCCCCAAGAUAUGCAAAAACAAUGCAAUAACUAUGACUGUAGGUUCCCUGAAGUUAAUAUAUUUGUGAAAGUGAGAAAAAAAAAAAACCACAAUAUCAUCAUGACUUUUGUCUCGUUCUGUAUUUCUUUUUAAGUGAUCUCCGUGGUUCCCAACGCCAGAGAAACCUAACAUACUUGAAAUCAGGUGCAUUGCAGUGCAGUAUAGCAGAGAUGUAUUUAUUUAUCCUUCUCACGCCAGGCUGUUCGAUCCUCAGUCUGAGAUGUGUAUUGAUGAGACGUGGACUUGAAAUUGAUGUUUUAACAUCCAGCCAGUGUAGCCCCAGAAUGAAAAGCUGAUACGAAAUGCGACUCCCUGACUCAGUGCGGCUUUGACUCCAUGCCUUUCUCUCGUUUAAUCGCUCUUUCUGAUUGGCAUUCGGCGUGCCGGGUUUUUGCGGGUGUUUUUGUUUCGAUCAGGUUAAGUAUCAUAUCAUACAUCAUGACAGUAGCUAUUUCUAUUUAGUGUAAAUAUGAUUAAAGUCAGUAUUUCUUCUCUGGAUAAACAUUUGACUGUGCACAGCGGUGGAGGCUGUUUGAAAGGGGAUUUUGUAUAUCUUGUGUUUUAUUGGCUGCGAGUACAUUUUCUGUUUCUUAACACAGACGAGGACUGAGCUCAUGUUUGUGCGACUGUCACGAGCUGAGAGAGAAACGGCAAGCUACAGUAUUUCACUUCACAGUUUAGGCAAAUGUCGCUGAUUAUGUCGCUGUAGUCUUCAACGUUGGUCUUUUGCUCGUCUGACCAGUUCGAACAUUUUGUAUGAAAGGGACCAACUAUUAUUAGUAGUUUUUAAAAAACAUGUAGGUGGAUUGAAGUCAAGGCUAUGGACACACACACACACACACACACACACAGGGGUUUCGUGCUAAGAAAUACACACUUGACUGCUUACUUGUUGUAUUCAACUGAACCGAUUCAAAAUAUGAUAACGUUAAUAAUGUUAAAGAAAUCAGUCAAUGUAGAGGCAGAUGCUGUUAUGUUUUUUGACCAGUCUCAAAAUAAAGUCGACUCUGAAAAAGAGACAAAGACCGUAAAAAGUGGUCUUGAGAUAUUUCUAAUAACUAAACACUGACUGAGACUGUGUCCCAAUUCCAUCGCACACACUUAAUUCUGUUAACAGAACUGUUUCCACAUGGUGUUUUUACAAAUAAACAAGAUAAUAUUAAAGAUAAAACAAGGACAACACAAAAGUACAGCAGAGGUAAGUAUCAAUAUUUAACAAAUAUACAAUAUAAAUGAUCCUACAUCACCCAUCAUUUAAGAAUUUCAAAUGAAUCCACCUUUAAACUGGCCCCUAACGCACUACAGACGUUGGGGGGGACAGUUCUAGAAAGGUAUCAGAAUAUGACAUUUGGAAAUGAAAAGUCACCCGUGAAUUGACUCUUGACAGUAUAAAAUGAUGCUGGAUGCAGGAUGCUGAUUCCUUGCAUACCAACUGUAAAAACCUGCCAUACAGAUGAUGUACAUGUAUAUUGUAUGCAAGAAGUCUGUUGUGUGUGUGUGUGUGUGUGUGUGUGUGUGUGUGUGUGUGUGUGUGUGUACCUGUGGUCUCUUCUGCUUGCUGUCAGUUUAUCGGGCCGCUGAUCAGACUCAGAAGCUGCAGCCGUGUUGCCAUAAAGGGGGGCAGUUCAAACACAAGGCACUUCCUUGAAGUGAGGGCAAAGAUUGGGAGAAAAUGAUGGAAGACAAUCUGUUGGUGAUGACAAUGGGAAGUUUGGCGGGAGUAAAAGCGUCGGAUGGAGGGCACCUUUCUGGGAUGGUUGAAAGUUGUAUUUCAUCAUGUUUGGAUUUUCUGAGUUCUGAGUUCAUACACAGUGACUUGGAUACCCAAGUCAUGGGAUAUGCACACGGGUUUCUUUCUCUAGGGGUAUAAAGUAUUGGUCCUAUGUGAAUGAUAUAUUUUGUCUCACCACUAGCCAAUGAUUGUAUAUUUUUCUACACCAUAUACCAUAUAAUAGCAAGAAAAUGUAUGAAAAUGUCACAUGUAAUCACCAGAAUGUCAGCAGAAGGAAACGGCUUGACAUUUAUUUAGGAAUGUAGUUAAUGAAAUAUGAAAAUGUGUUCUAUAAUCCUACUGACUGAGGGUCAGCCCCACCUGACUGUAUGUUUGACCCAAAGGAACCAGCAGGGAAUUAUAGUUCUAUUCACUGCAGAAGGAACGUUGUAUGUUUCGGCUGACGGCAUGUACAUUUUUAGGUCUUCUCUCACUAAAGGCUGAGAUGCUUCGUAGACUCCUGUGGCACCUCAGUCCAUCCCCAUAUGGCUCCAUUAGCUGCGUAACACAAGUAACCAAAUGACAUAACUAACUGCGACGGAGACGUGCGUGAAGGCCUCCGUCUCCGGGUGUCUCCGGGUGUCUCCACGAGUACGAGUCCAUCUUUUAAAAACAGUGCGGUACGGAAAUGGAAAUUCAUUUCUCGAGUGAAAAGGAACCAUUCGGGAGAGAAUCUAGCGGGGAAUCUAGCGUGCGUGUUGCUUUUUCCUGAGUGAUGUGAGCUGACAUUAAAUUAAACUAGCAGCAACCUGUCGGCGCGGGUCAAAGUCCGGGACGUUUUCCUACUGUAGCACCAAGAGACCUGUCUCGCUCUCACCAGUCCUACGUCGGCCGUGGACACACUGUACACGCCAGAAAAGACAUCAAACCAAAAAAAGUAUCCACCUAUCUAGGACGAGAUAUUUCAGCGCUUUGAGCGAUGAAAAUCAUGUAGCUUCAGUUUUGUUUGGGUUUUUCCUCCAAGAAAGGAAUAGAGGACUUGAACUUCACACGUGGAGGAGCGACAAGAUGAUUUAGUGGUUCUUAUGCAGCAGAGAAAGAUCGUCUAGAAGAGAACGUUUUAUCCAAUCUGAUGUGAAAAUGUGGGAUUCGUGUUCUGCAUCUCGACCAUCGACCGGUUGGUGUUUGCGUGGAGGAGCAGAAAUAGUGUUUUACACGUGAUUAUGACGUGUGCUGUCACAGACCGAGCGCGGCUUCCUCUCACGUUCAGAUCUCGUGUGGAUCUGCCAUCGUUGCCACAGAUGUCUUCAUGGAACGUUGUUUGAUGCUAAUUAAGCAUUUUAAGAGGACUAUUUUGAAUAUAAACUUUAUGCUCCCCCUUUUUCUUGGUCGAAAAUUCAGCAUAGGCUCAAAUUUAUUCCCAUUAAAAUAUGAAUGUGUUUUUUCUGGAGAAGGGAGAGGAUCUGUUCUUCUCGUGCUGACGGACGCUUCGGGGGAAAUGAAACAGAAAGCAAGAGCGGGAAUCUGUCGUGAAAUACAAGUUUAUACUGCGAGCCUCUUCUUAUAUUUUAUAUAUUAUAUAUAUAUAUAUAGAACAGUGGUGUCUAAAUUAUAUUCUAUUAAACGGUAGCUUAUGCGGGAAAAUGACCGGAUCUGGUUUGUAUGGCGCCACUCUCUUUAACUCCUGACAUGCCGGCAGUUUCUGACGGCUCAACGUUUCCGGUGUACAAGUCGAGGAUGGAUUCGAAGCCCCCGGCUGUUUGCAAUGUGACUACAACACGUCUAUCUGGAGGAAUCAUUGUGAAUCUUGAUUUAAUUGUCAAUAAAUUCUUUCAGGGGAUUUUUACACAUUCAAUUGACAGCCUGCUAAUUUAAAAAAAAUUUGAUGGAUUUUGUGUUUUAGACCUUGAAUGAAUCUUAACCGCUCCUUCUCAUAGACCCGUGUUGAGUUUCGCCAAUCAGUCUUGGUGGUGAUGAACUAAAACAUAAUUUACUUCCUUUUUCCUCGUCUGUGAAGCGCUAAAAUGAACCAAAAAGAUAUUUGCUUGUAAAAUAGAUGGAGAAAUGACAAAUGAUAGUACGACAACCUUUGGGCCGACUGUUGGCAUUCAGAGGACCUUGAAAGCCUUUUUGUUCAUCACUCAUUCUUUCUCUUAUUCAAAUCAAAUCAUAAAAGAGAUUCCUGUUUGCACAUAUUAGAAUUAUCCAAGUCUGACACAGUAACUUUAAUGGAGAAUGGCCUGUCAGUGUGAGAUGUAGCGUAACGGUGACUUUCUUCAGGAUCUCACUCCAGCUAACAACUCUCGGCUGAAGAUGCGUGGCAGCAGCUUUAAGACGCUGAAUCUGAAGGGGUUCCUGUUGGAGCCACGAGUGUCUGUGCCUCCCUGCAUCUGCUGAUUCUCCCCCGGUUCUAAUGAGAAGAGCUACUCAACAUUGCACCCUGAAUGAUGAUGAUGAUGAUGAUGAUGAUCCCUUGAAUGUAGAACGUAGUGAGGAUUAGACUACAGGUUUAUGUUUGGAUAUUUUCAUCUUUUUUCCCCCAGCAGUCCUUUAUGGAGGGACUUGUUAAUAGCUGUAUCAGUUUUGGCCCAGUCCCAGAAAAGAAUUAGAUUUUUACUCUUUGUUUGCCACACAGGAUCCCUGCAAACGUUUUCUGCUGGGAAAGUCACACAAAGAGUUAGAAACAAACGUGCGUCGUGCGCCUGGGUGCGCCGACAGCCUGCAGACCCCGAUUUCAGUCGUUACCACGGCAGCAUGAUCGACGAUUCAAUGGCAGGAGAUCCACGUUCAGUAGUUUUCGAUGAAGGCUUUUCCGUUCCUUAUUUACUGGGUAAACGCCGUGGCUGUGUGGCUCUGUCCUCCACUGGUCAGUAGUGUCUUAUGAUCUUGAUUUGUUGUCUCAUUCACUCCUCAUGCAAAGUGUGAAAGGGCCUUUGACAGGAUUGAGCUGCUUGUUUGGUUUUGUCGUGUCAUGUCAGAGAGAAGUCCGUUUUAAAUCUUUUGUGGAGAGAGAGGCGUUCACACAGAGACCAAUCUGUCGUAUUAUUAGUAGUGUCACAACUGCUAACUGUAGUAUUUAAUAACAGCACUGUUUAUGGUCAGAAAAUGACCUGGAGUGGGUUAUUGUACUUGUCGUAGCUUUGGAGGCAGGUGGUCGUUUAACACAAGCCACUCCCCCUCAACUGGGAGGGAUUUCAUUGGGUUUGGCGUUGCUAAGUGACACUGGCCGGACAUCAUCCGGUUUCCUCAGUUACCAUCCGCGGUGACGACUGCAUGGUCUCACAGUUGACGCUCCCUUUUUUCUUUUUCUUUCUUUCUUCUUCUGCUUCUUUCUUUUUCCUAAAAGAGGAUUCUCGUUUAGUUUUUUGUUCAUUCACUUCAUUUUUACAUUUUAGAAAGGGAAAGAAUCCAAAUGAAAUAAAUCAAAAUAUUAAUUCAAUCACUUUUUCUACUCCUAUUUUCAAUAAAAAGUGAAACGAAAAAGCAAACAAAAAGUUGAUUUGUAAAUAAGUAAUGUACAGUUUGUAUCUGUAACUUGUCAGUCUGUCAUUGGUGACAGAGUCUGUCUUGCUUAUAACGCACGCUACCAGUAAAUAAAAAAAGGAAAAAGUAUAUUUAGACUGUAUGGUCCCUUGAAAGCAAGUUUUAAAUUAAUAUCUGAUGUAUAUUCCUGUAACAUUGCAUUUUUAUCUGAGGAAUGAUGUUAUUAAAAAAUUGCAAAUAAAUUGCAUUUCCUACA